UAGUGGACAACUAAGACUUGUAUGUAUGUUUCAAGACAAUGACUGCAAGGGUGUGUUGAGUUAGCAACCAUAGACUGUAUUCUAUGUUAGCAACAAUCAAAUGGGAUAACAGAUUAAUCAACAUAAUUGAAUGCCUUACUCUGUGCAUAAUCACAAUAUCACAAACAUCGUUCGUGGGUGUCACGCGGCUAUAUUGUUAUAGCGUUGAUCAUGUUUCAGUUAAUGUCCUGUGAUUAUAGGCAACUAUAGACAGAAUCUGAAUAUUGCAUAGGCCUAUUGACAAAUGAAGCUUGUUUCUAUUACAGAAAAUAAGGCCUACCCUGCACCAGCGUCUCUCCAUUUAUUCACCAAAUGUCAGGAUGAUUUUAUGGACUUAGGUUCUGAAAAGGAAAGCAGAUCCUAUGCGAGUCAAGGACGGGGAACAGCCUGCCAUGGAAGAGGGGGUUCCCUCCGAUGCUGUCGGCAGACGAAUAAGCUGUGACGGGGAGCGGGCCACCGUGCGCUUUGUUGGCACGGUGCCUCCAACCAAAGGCGUGUGGCUUGGUGUGGAGUGGGACAAUCCAGAGAGAGGCAAACAUGAUGGCUCCCACGAGGGGGUCCAUUAUUUUACCUGCAGACACCCCACGGGUGGCUCGUUCGUGCGUCCCAAGAAGGCCAGCUUCGGGGUGGACUUCCUGACGGCCCUGAGGCAGCGGUACGAGAAGGAACGGGAGGGCAUGGAGUUCACCAUCUCUACUUGCACACUGGAGAUGGUGGGCUUCCAGGAGCUCUCCGAGAAGCAGAGAGUGGAGAACCUCAAAGAAGUGGCCCUUAGGAGCUUUGAAGUCUGGGGAACUGCCUCUCGAAAUGAAAUACAAAAGACUGCUCCAGAUGUAGAAUUUCUAGAUCUUUCUCAGAACCUGCUGAGCUCGUGGGAAGCCCUGGCAGCCAUCACAGAACAGAUGGAGAAGCUGAGGGCACUUCAGAUGGGGUACAACAGGCUGACGUUGCCCUCUGACCCUUCAAGCCUGACCCAUGCGUUCACCAACCUCAGAGUCCUGGCACUUCCUGAUUGUGGCCUCACUUGGCCUGAGGUGCUGCAGUGUGCGUGCAUGUGGCCCAGUGUGGAGGAGCUCUACCUCAGGGAGAACAACAUCACCGACCUGCAGCGGCCUGUUGAUGUUCUGCAGUCCUUGACCCAUCUAGAUCUCUCCAGGAAUCCAAUAACUUCAGAAACACUGACAGAAAUCGGAAAACUCCCCCAGUUGGACACCCUGAAUCUUUCAGAGACUGGCCUGACUAGUAUAGAGUUUAAUGAUGUGCCACCAGGCUCCAAGACAGCUAUGUUCCCUGCACUGCAGAAACUAACACUAAUGGACAACAAGAUUGCAGAGUGGUGGGUGGUGAAUGAGCUGGAGAAGUUGCGGUCUCUGGUGCAGCUGAUGCUGCAGAGGAACCCACUAAUGGAGCGCGAGAGGAACCCACAGACGGCCUGCCAGCUCGCCAUCGCACGCGUGGGACAGCUCACCAAACUCAACAACACCUCGGAGAUCCUGCCUGCCGAGCGGCGUGGAGCAGAGCUGGACUACAUUAAGAUGUUUGGGAGGCAGUGGCUGGAAUCUGGGGGACACCAGGACCCAGAGAAGAACAACCCCAACGCUGAGUUCACCACACAGCACCCGCGCUACAUGACCCUCAUACAGAAGCAUGGAGCACCAGACGAAUCCGAGCUGAGGGUGGAGAAACCCUUCGCUCUGAAGAACCAGCUGCUGACCCUGACAUUCAUCUGUCCUGAUGAUGCAGACAGGAAACCCAUUCAGAAGAAGCUCCCAUGCUCUAUGGUGGUGCAGAAGGUGAAAGGUCUGCUGCACCGCCUGCUGAAGCUACCAGGAGCGGACCUACGACUCAGCUACACCUGCUCACGGAUUGAGGGCACAGAGAUUGAGAUAGAGAACGACAUGAAGACCCUGCAGUUCUACUCCGUAGAGGAUGGGGACAGCGUUCUGGUGCGUUGGUCCUGACUGACCUGACUGACUGACCCCCCACAGACGACCCUCGUGUCCGUCACUGGCUCCCCCAACCUUCGGCCACCAAACGGCUCGUUCGGGAGAAUCACCUUUGUCUCUCACUCCUGCUUUCUCUGUUUAGUGUCUUAGUCUCUACAAAGAUCAGUGUACACACUCACUUCUCCACACACUGUUGGUGUAGAAUACGUAGAACAACACUGCUCGCGCCGCGCCAACACAGAGGUACUUCCCUUCGCCACCUUUUAUGACAGUGCACCGGUGGGAUGUCUCAACCAAUCAGGUGUGAGGACAGGGGCACACAGCGAGUCUCUUAACUGACUCACCGAGUAGGAAAUCACCUUGGAAACCUCUUUGGUACCAUAGUUACAAACACCCUAAAGAUGAGCUUCCCACCGGUUGGUUGCACUUGCACGUGAUAGGACGUCUCUCGGGGACGAUUGUGGUUCUGGUGGAGCUCAAAUCUCAACCGCUUAUAGUUCAGCUGAAGGGUACAGUCUUUAACCUGUCCUUGUGCAGCACCAUGAGAGUGUGUACUGUAAUGUCUCAUACUGUGGAUAUAUAUGGAGAGAAUGCAGUGUUUACCUUUCUGUGUCAUGUAAUAUAAAUAAUCAUUACACUUAGAUGUCAUCGUUAUGGAAGCACUGUAAAGGAGACUGUGGAGAGUUUUAAAAUGCCUUGCUAAGCCAUUCAUUCUUUGUAAAUAAAUGUGUCAAAUCUUA